AUGCAGCAAGACGAGAGCUUUGAAAAGGUUGAAGUUCUGAAGGGAGCACAGCGCUCUGUUGAAGUCCUGGCACACGAUACACCCCCGAUUUCCCCCAAUCAUUGGACCCAAAUCCUCCCCACUGAUCCCAUCUUCUUGAGCACGAAGCUUUUCUGGGAAUCAUUACAUGCCGACAAACAAUGUCUGAAAAAUCAUAUCCGACUGAUGGCGGGCUAUCAGCAACUACCAGUGACAUUAUUGUUCAAUCCAUGCAAUUCUCACUCGGGAGAAUUCCACGAUAUGUUUGGCAAGAUGUCCGCUUUGGGAUGGCUCGCGCGAGUUUUUGAUAAGAUCGGCCUUGAUAUUGAGCAUGAUGUACCUAUAUGGGACAUUUUGCCAAUGAUGUGCGACGAAUGGCUUGAAAAAAUGGCUCACAGUGGACGCCAAGAGGAGCUUGAAAAGACGAUCGUACAAGGCUACGAGCUCAUAGGUCAAUACUUGGAAAGAUUCAAGCCGCCUACCAUAGUUGUCUUACAAUGUUCCACCCAAUCGUGCAAAGAAACAAAGUACUCCUUCCUGCAAAGAGUGUCCCAUCCCUUGGCAAAGGUUCUUUGUUCGUCGAUGGACAAGUCACUUGAAGGAAAUUGCGAGACCAUCAGAUAUCGGAACCAUGAAUUUUGCGUGGUGCCAGGGUUUCACCCAAGCGCAAUCAAUUACGAACCGGAUGUUCUUAAGAGAGAUGUGCUUAGUACAUCUCUCAAGAGAACCUUGGUUUCGAUUUAUCAACCAUACGCGGAAGCUUUGCUCGAGAUAGAGCUAUGA